AUGAGCACCGCGGGCAUACGCCACGGCUGCUACGACAAGAUCGACGAGGACGGGCUCGCGCCCCCGGGGACGAGGGUCAGCGGUGACGACAUCCUGGUGGGCAAGACGGUCUCACUGCCGGACGACCCCACGGGGCUGCAGCGCUACACCAAGCGGGACGCGUCGCUCGCCCUGCGGCCGUCGGAGAGCGGCGUGGUGGACCAGGCAAGAAGGGUCCUGCUGUCCCAGAACGAGCAGGGCAACGCGUUUGUGAAGGUGGGUGACAAGUUUGCGUCGCGCCACGGCCAGAAGGGCACCGUGGGCAUCACCUACACUUCAGAGGACAUGCCCUUCACGGCGGAGGGCAUCGUGCCGGACCUGAUCGUCAACCCCCACGCCAUCCCCAGCCGCAUGACCAUCGGCCAUCUUGUGGAGGCGCUCAUGAGCAAGGUGGCGUCCCUGGUGGGCCAGGAGGGUGACGCCACGCCCUUCACCGACGUAACGGUGGACAACGUCAGCUCAACACUGCACAAGUGA